AUGUCGGGCACCCGCGCCUCCAACGACCGGCCCCCGGGCUCGGGCGGCGUCAAGCGAGGACGGCUGCAGCAGGAGGUGGCGGCCACCGGUUCCCGCGUGACCGUGGUGCUGGGCGCGCAGUGGGGGGACGAGGGCAAAGGCAAGGUGGUGGACCUGCUGGCCACGGACGCCGACAUCGUCAGCCGCUGCCAGGGUGGGAACAAUGCAGGCCACACGGUGGUGGUGGAUGGCAAGGAGUAUGACUUCCACCUGCUUCCCAGCGGCAUCAUCAAUACCAAGGCCCUGUCCUUCAUUGGCAAUGGAGUGGUCAUCCACUUACCUGGCUUAUUUGAAGAAGCAGAAAAAAAUGAGAAGAAAGGCCUCAAGGACUGGGAGAAGAGGCUUAUCAUCUCGGAUCGUGCCCACUUGGUGUUCGAUUUCCACCAGGCGGUCGACGGGCUCCAGGAAGUGCAGCGCCAGGCGCAGGAGGGGAAAAACAUUGGCACCACCAGGAAAGGCAUUGGGCCCACAUACUCCUCUAAGGCUGCGCGGACUGGCCUGCGCGUCUGUGACCUCCUCUCGGACUUUGACGAGUUCUCUGCUAGAUUCAAGAACCUAGCCCACCAGCACCAGUCCAUGUUCCCCACACUGGAGAUAGACAUCGAGGGCCAGCUCAGGAAGCUCAAGGGUUUUGCAGAACGGAUCCGGCCCAUGGUGCGUGAUGGGGUGUACUUCAUGUACGAGGCUUUGCACGGCCCCCCAAAGAAGAUCUUGGUAGAGGGAGCCAAUGCAGCCCUCCUGGACAUCGACUUCGGAACCUACCCAUUUGUGACGUCUUCCAACUGCACUGUAGGGGGUGUGUGCACAGGCCUGGGGGUGCCCCCCCAGAACAUCGGUGAAGUCUAUGGUGUGGUGAAGGCGUACACCACAAGAGUGGGCAUCGGAGCAUUUCCCACUGAGCAGACCAAUGAGAUUGGGGACCUGCUGCAGAACCGCGGCCAUGAGUGGGGCGUGACCACGGGCAGGAAGAGGCGCUGUGGCUGGCUGGACCUCAUGAUCCUCCGAUAUGCCCACAUGGUCAAUGGCUUCACCGCGCUGGCACUGACCAAGCUGGACAUCCUGGAUGUGCUGGACGAGAUCAAGGUUGGCGUCUCUUACAAGCUCAGUGGGAAGCGGAUCCCGUAUUUCCCAGCCAACCAGGAGAUCCUGCAGAAGGUGGAGGUGGAGUACGAAACACUGCCCGGGUGGAAAGCUGACACCACGGCUGCCAGAAAGUGGGAGGACCUCCCGCCCCAGGCCCAGAACUACAUCCGGUUUGUGGAGACCCACCUUGGGGUCGCAGUCAAGUGGGUCGGGGUCGGCAAGUCCCGCGAGUCCAUGAUCCAGCUGUUCUAG